AUGGAGGUCGUGAACAGUGAGAUAGCUCAUGAUUUCUCUCCUUUCUUCAAAGUAUACAAAGAUGGCUGCAUAGAGAGAUGUGUGCCUAUCAUCAAAGUUCCACCUUCCCAUGAACUACCCAUUAGUGUUCAAGCUAAAGAUGUUCUUAUCACAACCAGACCUCCUAUAUCUGCCCGUAUUUUCAUGCCCCAAAUAUCCAACCUUAAUAGUAAGCUCCCAGUUCUUAUUCAUGUCAACGGAGGCGGGUUUGCUCUAAGAUCCCCUUUUGACCCGAUUUACCAAAAUUAUGUUUCUUCUAUUGUCAAAGAGGCUAAUGUCAUUGCUGUCUCCAUCGAGUACCGUGGGGCUGGAAUGGCCGAUGACAUGGUUUCGGAUCGUGGCGGUCCGGAGUGGGAUGGUGAAUGGGCCGAUGGGCCGACAUGGGUGAGAGAGAUUCGGUGGGGUGAUUGUGGGCUAGAUUUUGAGAACACGCGGGCUCCGAGCGAGGCCGGUCUAGGGAGAGAGGGACUUACGGAUGGAUAUACGAUGGAGGAGCCUUGUCCUUUCGGGGAGAGUGAGGUCUGGGCAUCGUCGCUGCAUUGGGAAGAGAUUUUCAAUGAAAUUGACAUGGCAUACAAGGUGCUGAUCGUGGUUGAAGUUUGGAUGUUGUGUAAGGACGAAGUCAAGGAUAGCACAAGCAUCCGAAGAUUUUUAGACGGGUGUAGUUGGGAGUACGGUGAAAGAGGAGUUGCUUAUAACUUGGCGGUUCGGAUUAGAACAGUGCUACACAAGAUGAAGUUGGAUGGGAUGAUUUUGAUUCACCCAUUUUUCAUGGGGUCAAAACUUGAUGGAAUGUGGUUCUAUCUAUGUCCUAGAAACGGUGGGUUGAAGGAUCCUAGAUUAAAACCUGCUGCAGAGGAUAUGACUAGAAGUGGGUGUGAUAGGGUAUUGGUUUUUGUAGUUGGUAGGGAUAAACCGAGACAUGUCGACGAGUCGUAUUGUGAAGAGUUGAAGAGGAGUGGGUGGAAAGGAAAUGUAGAGCUUAUGGAACACGAUGGAGUAGGCCACGUGUUCCAUUUGUUUAAGCCCCGUUGUGAGCGGGCUAUGGAUAUGAUGAAACGGUUGGUUUCUUUUAUUAACCAAGAACGUCCUAUAAUCUGUUGGACAAGCAAGAUGUGA